GUGUUACAUCUUUAAUAUUUCUACUUUUAGCCAGAGUUCGAGGUGUUAUUAUAGACCUUGCUGUAAGUAACAUCCUACCUCUCUAUCUAGAAUUAGUUGUCAUGUUAUCUUAACGGCUUAAGCAAUGAGUCAAGUGUGGCUUAUUAUUUUAAAAUUUUAAUUUCAGCUUUUUUCCGAGGAUGAAACUAUUGGUCACUACAGGAUAUGCAUGCAGAUUUUUGGGUUUGUCUUAUUUUGCUUUCUUUACACCACUCUUUCAGCUUGUACUAAAAUAUAGUAUGACCCACUAAGGUACAUAAAAGAAAAAACAAUGACUGCUUUCAGCUUUAAAGAUGCACUAUCUUUAUAUCUUCAUCUGUAAGGAAUAAUACUUCCUUCACCUAAAAAUUUAACAAAUUCAAUAAUUGAAAUCACUUUGCAUGAAAAACAGAGUAAAGCUCCACAUCAUUCUACAUUAAAGUACUGAAAAACCACCACUCAAUUUAAAGUUGAUAUGAUACUUAAAAAAUGUGGACUAUACUUGUAUAUAUAUGCAUAAACCCAUAUACAAUAAGAUUAAGAAAUUAAAUUCACAAAUCACAAAGAAAUCAAAGUUGUUAAGAGUAUAUUUGAUCAUAGAAUAAUGUAUGUUACAAGGGGUCUGUCAUUAUACAGGAAAGACCCAAGCUCCUUGUCUAUUAGGCCACCAGAUUAUGCACCAAAUACUGGUGUGUUAGUUAUUACUGAUGAUUUAACAGAAGAACAGGAUACUUACUGUUGGGGUGUUUGUGAUUAUAAGAGGGUUAAGACUUUACCCUUCCCUCAGAACAAGAUGCUGUCAAUUGUUCAUUCGUCAGACAUCAGAGAUCCUACUGUCACUAAGGUUUGGUUCCUCCCGGUUGUUGGUGAGCCGCUGUCUGCUCAUAGGUACUACAUUAUACGCGCUAAAGGCCAUCACAAAGGGAAAGCAUGCACAAGCUCAAAAAAGUCAGACAUAUGCUCAUGCUGCUGCUACUCUGACUUUAUAAACGAUAUAAAACCGAGGCCAUUUGAUUACAGAGACAUAUACCAACAGUUUGAGAUCCGUCGUUACCAUGGUGGUGGCUUCUAUGCUAAGUCUGUAGCUUAUGAUGGAGUUCCUCCACGAUUCUUACGGAAAAAAGGGUGGGAGGUAAGAGUUUAUCGUUCUAUUCGAGGAAAAAUACACGAUGCAUUAGGCCUUGAUGAGUCUGUCCAAGCAUCUCUUCCUCCUCCUCCAUCUUAUCCUCUGCCACCUCAGAAUCAACAUGCUGCAGUUAUUGUAGGACGAUGGUAUAGCCCCUUCUUGUUUCUUAGGGAAGAGGCAAAGUUGUGGCGACAUAUGAAGAAAUCGAUGUUCUAUGAGAUCACUCUCGAGCAAUAUUGGGAAGAGAUAUACUCGCAGCCAAAUAGGGGUAAUGAAGAGGAUGACACCAUUGUCAUAGACGCGAUGGUUAAAAGAGAAGAGGUAUUACUCUAUGGCUCGGAAGCCACAAUAGAAGUGAAACCUAUGCUAGGAUUUGUUUGUUUCACAGUGCCUAACAAUUCAGGCAAUGGAAAUAAGGUGAGGUUGGGGAUGGGAUUGGCGGUGUUCGAUGCCAUGAGAGGGAUACAAAUGGAAAGGGGGUGGAUGGAAAAUCAAGAAGAUGAUGUGAGAGUGGAGAGAGUUGAAGAGAUUGGAAGGAGGAGAAGAGAGAAUAUGAAAUGGAAAAGGUUUGGGUGUUAUGUUUUGGUGGAGAGCUUUUUGGUUAGGAGGAUUGAUGGGAUUUUGAUAAUGAAGUAUAACUUCAAGCAUACACAUAAGAUACAAUGUAAAUGGGAUUGACUUGUAAUCUUUUGUAAAAAUGUCAAAAUUGUGCAUAGAGUUUGAUUAAUAAUGUAUACAAAAAACAUGUAUGCGUGGUGUUUUAAACUAUAUUUCUCGUACUUGGUUACUUUCAUUCUUAUAAUAAGCUCUAUUUACCUUUGA